AUGCAAGCAACCAACAAUGCCUUGUUAAGGCAACUCCGAGCCCAGAGCCGCAGAAGUUUGGCCACAGUCGCGAAACCAGCUCAACACGGCCAGCCGUUCGUCGCUUCGCAUCCUCAUUUGAUCUCUGAGAAAGAUGUGACUCCAGGAAUAUCAGCUGCUGAAUACGAUGCACGGAGGAAGAAACUGAUGGACAUGCUGCCAGAGGCCAGCGUUGUUAUAUCCGUGGCAACACCGGUGAAAUACAUGAGCAACAGUCAGUUCUUGAAGUAUCCAAAUAUGUUUAUCUCUGACCCGAACGCCCGCAGAUAUCUUGCCUCGGAUUUUUGGUACCUCACCGGGUUCGAGGAACCUGAUUCAGCUUUGAUCAUGGAGAAGACCUCGACGUCCAAGGGCUAUAGAAUGACCCUGUUCUCGGCAGGAAAAGACCUUGCCAAAGAGAAAUGGGACGGAGCGAGAACUUCAUUCCAAGACCUGGAGAAGAUUUUUGGUGCCCAUGAUGCAGCGCCGAUAUCCAGCUUUUCGUCCAGACUACGUUCCAUUCUCGGUUCCUACUCCAAUGUCUACGUCGACGUGCCAAAUUCCACUCGCCGCUCCACCACGAAUUCUAUCCUCAAAACUCUUACAGCCUCUUUACGCGGCACGACGUCCCUCAAUGACAUCCCAGUUUCAAAGCGACUCCCUCUGGCCCCAGAGGUCGCAAAACUCCGACAUAUCAAAAGCGACGCGGAGCGGAAGAUUAUGCACGAAGCUGCAACAAUCAGCGCGCGAGCCCAUGCCAAAACGAUGCGAUUUGCGGAGCCCGGCAAGUGCGAAAGCCACCUGGCAGCUCACUUUGAGUACAUGUGCGCUUUGAACGGUUCGCAAAGGCCUGCUUAUGUGCCGGUUGUUGCGUCUGGUCCGAAUGCGUUAAUCAUCCACUACACUUCAAACAACCAAAUUAUCGGAGAGAACGAGCUUGUCCUAAUCGACGCCGGAUGCGAAUACAACGGAUACGCCUCCGAUAUCACUCGCACCUUCCCCGCCUCUGGAUCCUUUACCGAGCCGCAAAAGGACAUCUACACUGCUGUCCUGAACGUUCAGAGGAAACUCGUCAGCUACUGCUUCGAGGAAGCGAACGUCAGCAUGCAAGAGCUCCACAGACUCUCUGCGCAGAUGCUUAAAGAAGAGCUCAACCAGAUUGGGUUCCAACUUCACGGCACGAGUGCUUCAGACCUGGAGCGUGUCCUGUACCCCCAUUAUCUCAGCCAUCCCAUUGGAAUUGACCUUCAUGAAUCGACAUACUUUGACCGCAAUGCUCCGUUAAAGGAGGGGAAUGUGAUUACGAUUGAGCCAGGCAUCUAUGUGCCGCCGACUGCUAACUUCCCUAAGCAUUACCAUAAUAUUGGGAUCCGCAUCGAGGACGAGGUUUUGGUCGGCAAGAGGCAUCCCGUCGUUCUGUCUUCGAAUGCACCAAAGGAGAUUAAAGAUAUCGAAGGGGCUUGCCAGGGCAAACUGGACUUCCAACCCCUCUAA